AUGGUUUCCACCACCGCGAACCCCGACUCGGAGCUCUUCUGCACCGUGUCUUCGACCCAGAAAGUGCCCGAACGUCACCCAUCCACAUUGAUUCCCGGUGGACAUACAUCCCCGUUGAGGCACCCAACUGUUCUCCGACCCGGCGCUGGUAACCAUCACGCCCGGAAAUCAAGCUCGGAAGCACCCCAGACAUCAGCCCAGCACCACCAGCGUACUCCGUCCUCAACACCAAAACCUGCGUACAAGGCAUAUUCGCCCCCAGCAACACCACAAGAUCCUCGUGCAUCGGUAGUAGCCGACGAGAUCGAAGGGUUCUUUACCGCGCUCGAUAUCCAGCCCCUCCACAUCAAGAAGCAAGACACCAUCUCCAGCCCGUCAGCUGAGGGCUCCGGAAGAGAGUCACCUAUCCAGCGAGUCGCCUCCCCGCCGCUCCCGCCAAAGGUCAAGCUCGAAGACCCACAACCGUUGUCUCCCCCGGCCGAGAUCUCCCCGUCAUCGGAGCCUGAGGCACAAGUGCACGAGGCAGAGUCUGAUUCCGAUCAGCCUCCUGCGUACGAGGAAUCCGAGCGCGUGCAGCCUCCCCCGGAGAAGCCAGCCGCCACCGAGACUCAGGAGCCCGAGGAGCCAGUUAGCAGUCCUAGCCUCGCAGGCAGUGCGGCUAUAUCCGCCGCGAAAGUCGGCGGUUCAGUUGCGGGAGUCGACACCGACGAGGCCGCGGCCAAAGACACGACGGACGAGGCCGAACCAGACAAGCAGACCAGCAACGAGGAGAGCACAUCAGAAGAGGCUGCACCCGCCGCCGAGGCCGCGAGCCCAACAGAGGCCGCAUCCCCACCACCUCUGCCCCCGCGCCCGGCACCGGCAGCCGCGUCCACCUCCACAACGCCCCAGCCAGACACCGCCGCCCAGAUGCCCGGCGCGUUCCCGCCACCGCCACGCCGGAGCCCAUCCCCCAAGGGCCACUCAUCCUCGUCCGCGAAGAUGACCUACGUCCCCGGCGCCGCAGCGACGUCCGCCACCGCAGUCGGGGCGGCGGUUGCGAUCCCGUCGUCGGACUUUGCGCACGGGGGUCUCUCUCACGCCCGCAAGGCGCUGGGCGAGCGCGCCCGGCACCUCUACGACAAGGCCAAGGAGCACCACGAGGCGAGGAAGGGGUCUGCGACGCGGGGCGGGCUCGAGGAGGGCAAGGAGAGGAGCGUGUUGGUCGUCGCGCCGAUCGCGUGA